AUGAACAAACAACCGGGAAAUCGCAAAGCAGCGGGCAGAAACCGCCGCGGUGGAGCGCUUCCGCGAGAAAGAAACACUCCGUUGGCGAUUCCGAACCAAGUGGCGGCGAUGCCAGUCCAGAUGACGGUGAGUCCGCCCUUGUGCAGAUCCACACACACACCUUCCCUUGCAGGGCUUCAUGACGCUGGUGCCGCACACGGUGCUCGACGCGAUCGCACUGACGAACUGUCUGAUGAUUGUGCAGUGCACCGAGCCGCUCGAGAUCUUCACGGGCAUCGAGACGGCCAACCGGUACGUAGUGCACGACAUGUAUCUGCGGCCGAUGCUCUACUGCAACGAACGGUCGAACUUUGUGAUGCGGCAGGUGUCCGGCAAGGACCGCAACUUUAUCAUGGAAAUGAGGGACGUGUUCGGCGCGCCGUUCAUGAGCGCCCACCGCAAGAAACCGUGUUGCGGAUGCACCGACUACCUGGGCACCGAAUUCAAAGGCGGUCAGAUCGGACUCAUGAAGAGAGAGUGCUGCGAUGGAAAUGUGAGCAAUUGUAAACCGAUGUACCGUAGUUGUCUGUAGAGAUAGCAAACAGUGGUGAACUGAUAAAAUGUACACAAUGUUUCAAUGAACAUUUUGUCAGUUGACACCUUUUUGAUAUCUCCGCCGGAUGAUUAAAUAUUUCGUUUUGAAUCAACAAAUCUACUGUCUGUACAGUGUCUGAAGCCCCUGAACAUUUCGUGAGGUGUCCGGUUGCGAAAUGUCCAGGAGAAUUAAUUAACCAAUACUGAAAGGUAAUACGACGUUUUGAAAUCAAGAUACUUUGGUUACAGUAACCCUUUUGUUUGCAGUUCCAACUGUUCGGCUCCGGCUGUAACCAGCCUCUUCUUGUGGCGACGCCCGGAUGCGUUGGCUGCGGAGGCACCCAAAUCUUCCCGGUGCUCUGUUAUUCGGGCGUGAAAGUCGGCGAGAUUGUGCGUCUCUACCCGGGAUUCCUGCAGGAGAUGCUCACCGACGCCGACACCUACCUCGUUCACUUUCCAAUGGACAUGCCGCCCCUUCUGAAGCUCCUUCUCAUCUCCUCCGUUUUCCUCAUCGAUUUCACCUAUUUCGAGACUGAUGAAUAG